GUGAAGUUAUUCAAAAUAAUAUUUAGUCUUUGUGAAUAAUAUAUUAUUUGUAUAAAAGAGUUACAUUGAGUUUAUCUCAUUUGAAUAAAAUUUUUAAGCAAGCGGUUUGGGAUGUUAGAAAAUCUUGGACGAAAGGCUCGCUUAAAAAUGUUAUGGUUGCAUUGCAUCGAAUUUAACACAAGAUAAGUUAUAUAAUGGCAACAUUGAUUACAAUGAGUAGCACCACUUCACCAAAGUCCUCUCUUGCCAAACUUGUGCUGUAUCCGAAGCAGAAACCGUUCAAAGUCAUGGUGCUAGGUCAGUCCGGAGUUGGGAAAUCAGCGCUUGUGGUGCGGUUCAUUACGAAGCGUUUUAUUGGAGAAUACGAUCCCAAUUUAGAAAAGAUAUACGCCUUUCAAACUGUUAUCGACAACGAAAUGGUUUAUUUCGAAAUACUCGAUUCAGCCGGAGAACCUCAUGAAAGUGAGUACGCGAACUUGGAGAGCAAUAUUCGAUGGGCGGAGGCUUUCAUCUUGAUGUACUCAGUAACGGACAAAUGCUCCUUUGACGAAUGUCAUCGCCUCAAAUUCCUCAUCAAUUACAACAAGAGACGACGCAGACUAUCAGCUACGAAGGAUAGUGUGUUGGAGACACCAGUAGUUCUGGUGGGAAACAAGACGGAUCAGAUCGGCGACCGCAUGGUGACCACAGAGGAGGGCCAGAGACGCAGCAAGGAGAUAGGCUGCGUGUGUUUCCACGAGAUCUCAGUCAGAGAGAGCAUCGACCAAGUGUGGGGUGUGUUCCGGGACGCGCGUCGUUUCUGGCGUGUGGGCAGCAAGUGGACGCGCGGACGCGGGGAUGCGCGCGUGUCCACCGCGCUUGCACGCCCGCUCGCGCGCGCCGCUUCCGAUUCGGCCCCAGAACCACCGACUACGCCAUUCUGCCGUCGCUGGACCGAAGUAGAUCUAGAAGAAGAGCACGAGAUGGGUGUGGUGCGGAGUGACUCCACAUCAUCAUCAGGUCUGUCAGAAGGCGUGGAGGAGUUCCGUGCCCGGGCUAGCACUGACUCUCGGCUGCCCCCGCGGCCCGCUCGUCCUCGACACCCCGUGCCCACCCGGCCCAUGGCGCCGCCGGUGCGACGGAUGAGCGUAUCCAUGAAGGGAAACAAUGCUAGUACAUAUUAAAAAAAAUUAGGUCAUGAAAGUCA